UUGUGUUGCUUUCACCCAUAAUCUAACAGAAGGCCCAAGUUUCCCCACAGGCACAGAGUCCAAUUGCAGUCAGUAGUGCCCACUCUCAGUUGGGUUUGGUUUCUCUCUCUUUCUUCCCCAUUUCAUCAGCUUCUAACUAACUGUCACGAGGAGAGAGAGAGAGAGAGAGAGAGAGAGAGAGAGAGAGUCUCUCUGACUCAGACGAACUUAGUAUAAAAAAUGGCGGAGAAAGAAAUGCUCUUAUGGAGUUUCAAGAGAUUGGGGCUAGGGUUUCUUAUUAUAUGGUGGUUUUGGUUGGCUUCUUCAAGCGCUUCGAUUCACGAGUACGGGAGAGAAGCCUUUACUCCUCAGGAAAACGCCUUCUUCUUCCAUGGCGGAAGCGAAGGCCUUUAUGCUUCUAAAAUCCGUCGUGAUUCUUCUUCUGCUUCUGCCGAUCAUGAUUCUUCUUCUCCUCCUGAUAAGCCUCUUAAGGGCAAGUCCUUCAUCAGGUUUGAGUCUGUCAGUUUUGUGAGGACAAAAGAUUCAGCGAAUAAGCAGAACGCUAUGCAACAGAAUACUGGGUUGGUUGAAGCUAUCAUACUUGAGGUAAAAGACAGGGAAAGGAUUGGGGGGUCGUUUUUGAAAUCCAAUGUGAUAUGCUGCACCCCAGGUCUUGCCAACUCUGGAUCCUGUAAGUUAGGAGAAGUUAUUAUACAUAAAUCCGAAGACAAUCCCGACUGGCCUAUGCGUAUCAAGACGUUUUUUGAAGGAAAGAAUGUGGAAACCAGUAUGAGUCCACAGAUGGUUGAAAUCAAUAAGACUGGAAUGUACUACCUUUAUUUUAUGUUCUGUGAUCCCGAACUCAAGGGCACAUUAAUUAAAGGUAGGACUGUGUGGAGGAACCCGGAUGGUUAUUUGCCUGGGAAGAUGGCUCCUUUGAUGACAUUCUAUGGCUUUAUGUCUUUAGCUUACCUUGUACUUGGCCUAGUCUGGUUUCUAAGAUUUGUUCGGUUUUGGAAGGAUAUUAUACAGCUGCACUACCAUAUUACUGCUGUCAUUGCUCUUGGUAUGUGUGAAAUGGCUGUGUGGUACUUUGAAUAUGCCAAUUUUAAUUCCACAGGAACGAGACCAAUGGGCAUUACAUUGUGGGCAGUAACCUUUAGCUCUGUGAAGAAGACUGUGUCUCGUCUUCUUCUUUUGGUGGUUUCAAUGGGCUAUGGAGUGGUGAAACCAACUCUUGGUGGUAUAACAUCGAAAGUUCUUCUUCUUGGUGUAAUAUACUUUGUGGCAUCACAGGCUCUCGAGCUUGUUGAGCAUUUAGGGAAUAUAAAUGACUUUUCUGGAAAAACAAAGCUAUUUUUGGUCCUACCUGUUGCUUUCUUGGAUUCCUGGUUUAUUCUUUGGAUUUUUUCAUCAUUAUCAAAAACUUUAGAGAAGCUUCAGAUGAGGAGAAACACGGUUAAAUUAGAGCUUUACCGAAAAUUUACCAAUUCUCUUGCAGUAUCUGUGCUACUCUCCAUUGCUUGGAUUGGCUUUGAGCUGUACUUCAAUGCAACUGACCCGUUGAGUGAGCUUUGGCAAAUUGCUUGGAUCAUCCCAGCUUUCUGGAGUCUGCUUGCAUAUUCCUUACUGGCAGUGAUCUGUCUUCUUUGGGCUCCUUCACGUAACCCUACGAGAUACGCGUACUCGGAGGAGACAGGAGAUGAAUUUGAUGAGGAGGGUAUCUCAUUGACUAGCAGUGCCAUGCAUGUGGGUGGCGAUACGGUGGCUAAGAGAGAGUUCCCAGAUGGGUUUGGGGAAGCACUUGAAGAAGAUAAGCGGGAAUAGGUGUUGUCUUGUAAUUGUAUGAAAAUGGAUACCAUUGCUCCCUGUAAAUUUUAAUUUACAGAUACUGUUGUACAAUAUGAAAAGCGUAGGUGAUAGGUUAUGUGAAUGCGAGGAGAGGAAAAAGAGAAACAUAAAUACUAGAUAAAUUUUUACAGUUAAACUAUGGUGGUCUGACCGUUUAUAUAUCAAGGAAACAAACACUCUUUUAA